GAAGAAGACAAAAGAGGAGAUACCGGCGAAACCGCGCGUGACCUUGAGCAACGUCCGUAACACGGACGCGAAGAGGAUCACGUGCGAUACUCGGACGAUUGACACGCAGAGGAAAGCUCACCGAAAAACGAUCGAGAACGAAUGGUCUAAAGUUCGUUCCGGAUUCGUUUAAGGUGCCAUCACUGCCAUGGGGGACAGUCAGUACUCGUUUUCGCUCACCACUUUCAGUCCAUCAGGAAAGCUGGUUCAGAUAGAACAUGCCCUAACAGCUGUUGGGUCUGGCCAAACAUCCUUGGGAAUCAAAGCUGCCAAUGGAGUCGUCAUUGCAACAGAGAAGAAGCUGCCGUCAAUUUUGGUUGACGAAGCAUCUGUUCAAAAGAUUCAGCAUUUGACUCCCAACAUUGGAGUUGUCUACAGUGGCAUGGGUCCCGAUUUUCGAGUUCUGGUUCGGAAGAGUAGGAAGCAGGCUGAGCAGUAUCUCCGCUUGUAUAAAGAGCCCAUCCCUGUUACCCAACUCGUAAGGGAAACUGCAACGGUAAUGCAGGAAUUUACUCAAUCGGGUGGUGUUAGACCUUUUGGGGUUUCUCUACUGGUGGCUGGCUAUGACGACAAGGGUCCACAACUGUAUCAGGUGGAUCCAUCCGGCUCUUAUUUCUCCUGGAAAGCCUCAGCAAUGGGUAAAAACGUCUCCAAUGCAAAGACAUUUCUUGAGAAGAGGUACACAGAAGACAUGGAACUUGAUGAUGCGAUUCACACUGCAAUAUUGACUUUGAAGGAAGGUUUCGAGGGAGAGAUUUCGAGCAAAAACAUUGAGAUUGGCAAAAUCGGAGCAGACAAAGUUUUCAGGGUGCUAACGCCAGCAGAAAUCGACGAUUACUUGGCUGAAGUUGAGUAACUUUCACAUAGUUUAGGAAUGUCGAACUUGUGUUGUGCACUUUUGGCUGGGAAAACGGGAUUUGAAUCUGAAUACCAUCAAAUUUUCUGGAGUUUAUUCGGCAGCUGGAAUCAGAGUUGUGUAAAACUAUCAUCCUUUUUAUGAAGGGUUUCACUGUAC